AUGGCGGCAAUCGACAGCGCUGAUGGGCCCCUGUGUGUCUUCAUCAGCCACGACCCUCUCAGUCUCGACUUGCUGAUGAAGAAGGUGUCCGACAACGGCUGCGGGGCCAUCACCACAUUCUCAGGCACCACCAGAGAUAACUUCGAAGGCAAGGAGGUGGUCCGGCUCGAGUACGAAGCAUAUGAGCCGAUGGCGCUGAAGGUGCAUCUGGGAAUGCAGGGUGGCACUGCAUAA